UGAAAAAAUGUAUAAAUUGUUUUGUCAUAUAUUUUGUUUGUUUCAGGGAAUGAGCGUGGGCUUGAGUGUGGGCGCGGGGGCGAGCGCGUGCGCGGGGGGUGCGAGCGAGAGGGCACGAUACUCUCCACAUCAUCAUCAACUGCUGGCACACUUCGCCUCGCCACUGCUCACAGGUCGCUCGAGCAGCAGCUCCGCAGAGUCGGUGUCGAGCGCGAGCGCGUCGCCGCCGCCGGCGGGCGCGGGCGCGUGCGCGGGGGCGGCCGUGGGGGCGGGGGCGGGGGCCGGCGCGGGGGCGGGGGCGCUGCGCGUGCGCACGCUGUACGCGUGCCUGGGCGAGAGCGAGGGCGAGCUGUCGUUCGAGCCGAACCAGAUCAUAACGAACGUGUCCGCGUCGCCGGAGCCCGGCUGGCUGCGCGGGACCCUCAACGGCAAGACCGGCCUCGUGCCCGAGAACUACGUGGAGCCCCUGCCCUAGUGUUGAUCCCACACCUUGUUGAUCGUUCUGUACCUAUAUUUGUAUAUUUUGUACAUUGUAAAUAAGAGUCUGUUGAUAUUUCUAUUUAUAUUAUUAUACUUAUGUUGUGAAUUUUGUACCAAAUAUACUAUAACAUAUUAUACGAUAUCCGUCGUAAAUUAGCGAUUAAAAGAUUAUAUUAGAUUUU